CCCGUAAUCGCGGAUUAUUUCAAUUAAAUGUUCAUUAUCAAAAUGUAUUUUUCAACAGACCGUGAUGAAUGCUCGCAUACGUAAUGAACUACCGUGUCUGUAUAAAGAACCGUGCUGCCGCCGGCAAGCAUUCAUGUCGAAAUUGCUUAAUUUAAAUUUGUUACCUCUGUGCGUCUUCUAACCACAUUUAAUACGUGGAACUCCAAGAUGUCGAGUCCCGCGACAAUCGAAGAAACCGAAGUUGACAUGGUGAAGAAAAUCCUCAGUGCGGUGUUCUACGCGGUUGCAUCGUUUAUGAUAACAGUUGUGAACAAAACAGUGUUGACUACGUAUGGGUUCCCUUCGUACCAAGCGUUAGGGUUGGGUCAAAUGAUAGCGACGAUUACAGUACUGUGGUUUGGACGGCAUGCUAAGCUUGUCAAAUUUCCUGCAUUCGACUUUAGUGUGGUGCAACGCAUUUGGCCUCUUCCACUCAUCUACCUAGGGAACAUGGUCACAGGAUUGGGAGGCACUAAAGAAUUGAGUUUACCCAUGUUCACUGCCCUUCGGCGGUUCAGCAUCUUAAUGACAAUGCUUGGAGAGCGAUUCGUGCUUGGCAUUCGAGCCUCAUGGGCAGUGCAAUGCAGUGUGAUGGCCAUGGUUGCUGGCGCACUUAUCGCGGCCGCCGAUGACGUCACGUUUUCAUGGUUUGGCUACUCUUUUGUUCUAUUGAAUGACUGUUUCACAGCUGCUAAUGGAGUUUUCAUGAAAAAGAAGUUGGACUCAAAGGAAUUGGGUAAAUAUGGAUUGAUGUAUUACAAUGCACUGUUCAUGAUAAUUCCGGCCGCAUACAUUGCAUGGUCUACUGGAGACCUGAACAAAGCUCUUAACUACCCAUAUUGGAAUGAUAUACUGUUCCAAAUACAAUUCAUGCUAUCAUGUGUGAUGGGUUUCAUUCUGUCGUACAGUGUGAUGCUGUGCACUCAGCACAAUAGUGCAUUGACUACCACCAUUAUUGGGUGCCUUAAGAAUGUAUUAGUAACAUACCUGGGUAUGGUUAUUGGUGGUGACUAUGUUUAUUCAUGGUUGAACUUUGUUGGAUUGAACAUAAGUGUCCUGGCAAGUCUCUUGUACACAUAUGUCACUUUCAAGCGCAAACCCGCACCAGCAUAUGCCCCACUAAAUAUAGCAAAUGCAAAAGUUGAUUCUGUAUAGCAAUAUUUUAAAAGAAAAUCAACCCAGUGCUACAUGUACUUAAUAUAGUAAAGCAGGUUGCAACCAAAGAUGACUUUCUUACCUUAUUUGGAGUUUUGGUGUGUACACAGUGUUAAUGAUACGUUAGUUAAAAAUAUGCCAUAUAAAUAAGUUAACAUUAAAAGUUCACUAAGAACAAAUUUUAUAUUAAUAUAGUUGUGGAUAUUAUUGAUGUCCAAGAUCAUUGUUUGUAGUGAAUUAUGACAAAAACUAUAUUUGAAGUUAGAUAGGAUAUUGAAUCUUAUAAGGUCAUGUUACAUUAUAAUCAAAUUAUGUAUUUGUACAUGUACAUACACAUUCAAUAUAUUGCAUUGUUGUGCAUCAAUUACACUGUGUUACGAAUUUGAAAAAAACAUAUGCACAGUAUGCUUCUCAAAUGUCCUGGUUUGUUUAUUUAUUAUUAUCAUGUUAUAGCAAUUCAGUUUUUUUCAUUGCACAUAUAAUUUCUGGGGUACUAAGGAAACAAUUAAAAAGUACCUGCACCGUACUUGUUUUUUUUCUAAAAAAUUUUUUACACAGGGUCUCAAACUGGAAAAUUCCCUGUAGUAUCAGUACAAGAGCAAGGAAAUUCACUCCGGAGCACUACCCGGAACACCUUGACCAUAACCAAUUUAGAAAAGUUACUUUCUCAAAAUGUUCCUAUCGAGAAUCUAACUCGAGUCCAGCUAAUCCAGCACCCACAUUGGAAGUCAUUGGUCAUCUCAUAAUUGUUGUAGUUUACUGUGUUCAUGCUGCAGUAUCAGUUGCUGCAAAAGGCAUGAAUGUUCUAUUUCUGUUCUGCCAAGACAAGAUAGUAUGAUACACAAAACAGGUACGGAACUCAGAACUUAUCAUGAUGUACAAUAUGUGUAAAAUAUAGCAAAUGUGCAUUUCAUAUUUUAUCAGAUACUUUUGUUCCUUGCAAUUUGAUAAUGUGCUGUCUACAGCAAACAAAACUUGGAUUGGCAAAUUUUUGCACUCGCAAAGACCACUUUUUUCAGUAUUCAUUGUUGAAAACUAUACAUUUAUGCUGUCAGAUAAUUUAUCACUAAAAUACUUACAUAAAAUAAACAUAUUUCGUCAAUUACGUUAUUUUUUUACUAAAAUGCGUACAGGUACCCCAAAAACUAGAUGUGACAGAAAUAUAAGAUAUUUACUGAACAUAUACUGUAAGUAAUAGCACUCUAAUACAGCUAUCAGUUUUUCGGGUACUAAUUUCGUAUCACGCAGUGUUAUUUUCACAUCAAGUUGUAUAUGCGCAAUAAUUGCUAUAAACAUGUAAGUAUGUGCUAUGCAUGAAAUCUCCUGUUAUAAGUCAGUUAGAAAAUAGUAUGUGUGAUAAAAAUAAUGUUAUUUAAGUAACUAUUGUAGAUAUAUUUUGCCUUAUUUAGGCAAUUGGACUUUCCUAUACUGUUGUUCAAACAAAUUUGUAUUGACCUAUUUACAUAAUACAAUCAAUUAGUUUAAAUUUAACUAUCACGCCGAUAUUGAUAUUUGAUGAUUAUUAGUGCUUAUUUAGUUAUGAUCGAUUUUCGUGACUCGGCUAAAGGGCUAAUUGCUGCAAUGUCCUAGGGCUAUGAACAGCUACUUAAACUUUCAGCAGUCAGACAUCUCCUACCACUGUUUGUCUAAUUGUGUUUUGCAAUACUGUUCACUCAAUAGAUAAGUAUAAAAUAACAAGACCAUGUUAUUAUUUGUGAGCACAACCAUUGAAUAUUGUUAUCUAGCUACUUCUGUCAUGCGGCGUUUGGUAUAUGCUAGACAAAUUGGGUGUUUCCUGUGCAUUGUUAUAUUAGUACAAUGCAAUGUGUCCACAGCUGAAAAAUAUCUAUCUACUGUUCAGUAUUUUCUCUGCUCUAUAGUGAGAAAGAAAGCCUUUUUAAGGGAAUAAUGUUACUAAUGAAAUCUUAAUACUGCUAUGUAGGGAAAUAAAGUCAGCAAUCGAGUCACAAAUCUCGUGAUCUUUACUCUGACUCAAUACAAUCUUCAUAGCCUGUUUCUGUACCUGUUAAAGUGACGUGUGUGUGAAUUGAGUGAGCACCCUCUUAAACCGUCUUAGAAAGUAUUUGUCAAAAUUUGAAAAAGGCGCUAGUCGAUCUGUAAUUAAAUACGAUAGCUUAACUAAACUUUUACUAAAAGUAGUACAAUAAUAUUAUAUGCAAACUUAAUACUUUUGUAGAUCUAACUGGCUCUCUGUGAGAACUGAGUGAGUGUGUUAAGUUAUUUUCCUCUUGUUUUAUCUUUUUACAUAUAGGAAAGAGUGGAAUGGACAAUUGUUUUAGAACUUUUACUAAAUGAGUAAUAUAUUUUAAACAUUUUACAAAAGGUGCUCACUCAACCCACACACACAUCUUAAGAUGAACUGCAGAACAUUUGGUAAAUUUUCUAACUAUUUGUGAUGAAGUCCCAUGCUUAAUGCUGACAAUUUGAAACAAUUAAAAAUCCCAUAAUUGUGUCUAUCUUUCAUCAUUAUAGGGUUUGUACAUACAUAGGUAGCAUACCCGUGUAUUAUCUUUUCGUUUAAUACAGUUAUGCAUCAUUUUAUCAAUAGUGUUAGGUGAUUCAACUAUGAGGUUGCGUUAACAGUAAACAUAAUUCUGCACAAAUAUCGUACAAUUCACAGGCUCCGACAAGGCCGAGAGAAGCCUCUUUUUGCUAUCGCUUCAACUGUUUACAAACGCUUUAAUAUACAAGCUAUUGUAAGUCGUCAGAAUGAAUGAUGUUUUUAAUAAAUAUGUUUUUUUAGUACCUAUCAGAUUACCAAGAACGCAGCCUCAACUUUUAUUUAAAAUUAACUCGUUAAGAAUAGCUACAUAUUGCAUAUGUAGGUGUUAUAACGCGCAUAAUUGGUUAUCGUAUAUGAGUUAGGCAUGUAGUGCUAAUUGAAAUGCUUUUUAUGUCUACCUGCAUUGAUUGCGAAAUUAAUCAAACCGAUUAGAAGCAGUCGACGCACAAAUUGUGCGUACUUUGGUUUAUUUUGUUCUAGUAAAAGUUAUUCUCUGUAUACAUUGUACACUACUAUAUCAACCCUUGACCUUGCAAAACGGGUCCGGUUCCUAAAUUUUUGAUUCUCGGGAAUACUGAUUGUACCGGUACCGAGCUGAGCCCAGUACCUACCGAUACUCCCGAUAUUCCCGGUAGAACAUCGUAUAAGAAGAUUCACAAAACUUACUAAAAUCCCUCGUUUAGGGUUGCAGGUUGCACAAGUACAAGUUAUAGGUUGCACCUGCGCGUAAGAUAUCAAACGAUACAAUUGUGCUAUGAUGUUUUCACAUUCGCAAAUUUCAAUUCAAUUUCUAUAAUUUUAUGCCACUAAUGAAAUAUUAAGUUUAUUCUGCAUAUAUUUUACGUUUUUCACUUUCUAAUUGUAAAAUUACAAAUAACACUUUCAGUUUUGUACUUAUGACUGAAUAAGUUCGUCAAUCCCAGUGUCGCGGUAUUUUGUCGAUACAAAAGCGCAUGUUAAAGCAUUCGAUGUUAGUUGCAGAUAAAAAAGUAUCCGAUUAUCAGACAUCUGAUCAUAAAACACAAGUCAAACGACAUUAGGUAGGUUCCUUGCUCCCUUGCUAUAAACAAAAGUACAAAGUGUCUAUAAUCGCGGUAUCAGAACUGACUGCAUCUCGUCAAUACCGUGAUUUCCCGGUUUUUCUGGUACCGAGAAAUUCCGGGAGCAAGCCUUAAACAACCCAUGACAUGACGUCCCACUGCGGACACGGGUCUUGUUUUGUUUGACAUAGUUCUCUAAGUUCUGAUUGUUUAAUAAGAAGAAUAGCCAUGAUUUUUUAUUCCGAAGUGCCGCACCCACUGAAUCCCUCAUUCAGUUGGCACGGGAAGGACACCAUAUUACUAUUACGCUAUAAAUAUUCAAACCUAAUUUCCAAACCGCACAAAUUUUAGACACUCUAAGAGUAAUUGCCUAUUACAUGUAAAUUCAUAAUUAUUCCGAGAUCCAUUUUCUCUUCUACUUAGUAAAAAUAGAGAUCAUUAAAAACUUAGUACCACAUAAACAAAUAACCGUAAUUUAGUGAAUAUAUAAGCAUUAUUUCCAAUUGAUAAAAGACGUUUAACAGUUGAUUGCACGUCCUGACCCGGCAUUUUUUAUUGCUGCGUGUUUUGUAAAAAAUAGAAGCUAGAUGCACCGGCAAUUUCCUUCUAGUCGUGUUUGUUUUAAAUUAAACAACGCAAAGAUGCAGCAGGCUUUAUGAACUAUAGAAAAACGUAUCGUAUUAAAUUUUAAUACUAUUAGCAAAGGUAAUAAUUCUUAAACGUCUCUGCAUUUAACGACUGAAUAUUAAUAGUUUUUCAUUUGCGAAAGAUUAUUGCUUGUUAAAUGUAUUUAACAGUACAACGAUCAAUAUCUUUGUGGCUAUAUAUUAUCAUCUAUCUGUUGUAUAAUUCUCAUUCUAAUCGUAAAUGAUAGGAUUAAAUAGUUUCAUGUUAUGUGUCAAAACUGUUUUGUAGAUACUUUGUUAUGUUAUACGUAGGUACUUAUGCUGUUAGCGCGUACUAUGCGCGUGUGUAGUCACAGGACUUGUGAUUUGUUCGGGUCGUAAAUGUGCAUUGGUACAAUAUAUUUUUACUCAAUAUUUAUUAUUUAUGAA